UUAUUAAGACAUCUGAAGGCCAGAAUCAAGGCAAAUGGACCCAUCACUGUAGCUGAGUAUAUGAAAGAAGUUUUAAUAAACCCUGUCUCGGGUUAUUAUAUGAAUAAUGAUGUAUUUGGUGUAAAAGGAGAUUUUACUACUAGUCCUGAAAUAAGCCAGAUGUUUGGUGAGUUAAUAGGGAUAUGGUGUGUAAAUGAAUAUAUACAAGAUAAACUAACUGGAACAUUAAAUAUUGUAGAGCUAGGGCCUGGUCGUGGCACAUUAGUUGAUGAUAUGUGUAGAAUAUUUACCAACUUUAAACCAUUAAAAGAUAAAGUUGCUAUGCAUUUAGUAGAAGUCAGUCCAACAUUAAGUGGAAUUCAAGCUGCAAAGUUAUCAGGAUUAGAUGAACCAGUUGAAAUGACACCCAAGACAUCGAACCAUCCAUAUUAUCACAGUAUGAAAAAUAAAUAUGAUCAGGAUGUAUAUUGGUAUCAUUCUAUAAAAGAUGUUCCGAAAGAUCAUAUGUACUAUAUAGCACAUGAAUUCUUUGAUGCUUUACCUAUUCAUAAAUUUCAGAAAAGUGAAAAAGGUUGGCAAGAAAUAUUAGUUGAUAUAAAAGAUGAUGUUGGAGAAGAUGGUAAAGAAAUACAGUUUGUUCUAUCAGGAAGAAGAACGGCAGGUUUAACAUAUUUACAGCCAGAUGCUAAUGAUACAAGAGAUCAUAUUGAAGUGAGUCCAGAAUCAGGGGUAAUAAUGCAGGAAAUAUGUUCCAGAAUAAAAGAGAAUGGUGGAGGAUUAUUAAUAGGAGAUUAUGGUCAUGAUGGUACUAAAACAGAUACUUUUAGGGGUUUUAAAAAUCAUCAGCUGCAUGAUGUAUUAUUGAAUCCUGGUACAGCAGAUCUUACUGCAGAUGUUGAUUUCUCAUAUCUAAGGAAAAUGGCUGAACAAAUUGGAGUCAGUGUUUGUGGGCCCAAAGAACAACGUGAUUUUUUAAUAAAUAUGGGAAUAGGCAUAAGAUUACAGGUGUUAUUACAGAAUGUUAAUGCUGAUGGAUGGAAAGAUUUAUUAUCUGGUUAUGAUAUGUUGAUUAAUCCAGACAAAAUGGGUCAAAGGUUUCAAUUUCUUGGGGUC